AUGGGAUUAGUGUGGAUGAUGUUUCAGUCGCUAUUUAUUUUUGCUUCGAUUUUCGCAUUUGGAUUAGCGGCUGCCAUAGUUUUCGAAACAAUCAGAAGAAAAUACAAUCACACUCACGUUGAAGCUUCUCCAAUUUUCGAGGAUCCAAAUUCAUUGAAACCGGUUCCUUGUCCUCAAAUUCUUGAUCCUGCUGAAAAGUACAUAUCAUUGAUUAUUCCAGCGUACAAUGAAGAACAUAGGCUUCCAGGAGCGCUUGAUGAAACCUUGAAUUAUCUUCAGCAACGUGCAGAAAAGGACAAGACAUUUUCAUAUGAGGUGGUGAUUGUCGAUGAUGGAAGUGUUGAUGGUACAAAACAAGUAGCAUUUGACUUCGUGAAAAGAUAUACAGUUGAAAAUGUAAGAGUUAUCCUUCUUGGAAGGAACCAUGGCAAAGGAGAAGCAAUAAGAAAAGGAAUGCUUCACUCUCGUGGUGAACUACUUUUAAUGCUUGAUGCUGAUGGAGCAACUAAAGUGAGCGAUCUUGAAAAACUUGAAAAUCAGAUUCAUGCAGUUGCUAAGAAGGAACGAAAGUUUGGAGACUCUGUGGCCAGUGAUUCAACUUUAAGAAUUUCAGAUGUACCAAUUGUUGCUUUCGGUUCUCGUGCUCAUCUUGAGGAAAAGGCUCUAGCAACAAGAAAGUGGUACCGAAAUUUUUUAAUGAAGGGUUUCCAUGUGGUAGUUCUCUUGGCUGCUGGUUCCGGAAUCCGUGACACACAGUGUGGUUUUAAGAUGUUCACUAGAGCUGCUGCCAGAAAGCUUUUCACGAACAUCCGCUUGAAACGGUGGUGUUUUGAUGUUGAGGUGGUAUACUUGUGCAAAUGGUUCCGCAUACCUAUGAUCGAGAUUUCUGUGAAUUGGACUGAAAUUCCAGGAUCGAAAGUUAAUUUAUUAAGCAUUCCCAAUAUGUUGUGGGAAAUGGCUCUGAUGUCUUUAGGCUAUAGGAGUGGAAUAUGGAAAAUUUAUACCUGA